GGGUGCCCGGGUCUGUGUAACAGGAAUGGCCAAUGCAGCCUGGGACAGAACAGCUGGCACUGUGAAUGCCACACUGGCUGGAGAGGACCUGGCUGCAGUGUUGCCAUGGAGAUCUCCUGUGCCGACAACAAGGACAACGAAGGAGGUGAGUGGUGAAGGGUCACAGGAGGCAGGCUGAGGAAAGGCUGUAGAUUUGCCUAUGGGGGGGAAAAAAAAUGAAGGUAUGACAUUGUCAUGCAUUAGUCAUGGUUUGAUUUGGAAUCAACAGUGGUGCACUUACAGUAUUUGUGCAACUGUACUGCUGAUGAGGGGGAAAUAUCUCUUUAUUUCCUGUAAAUAUCCUCUUGUAAGGCACAGCAGCGUCUCUCAGGUAUGGCAAUUGACAAGCUAUUUGAUUCUCCCGGAUGAGCAGUAGUCAGCCAGACAGCCAGACGCCUGCCUGGGUUUCUCUAUGAGGUUUCCUCCCAGUGAGUGUUGUUAGAGGAUCAAAGAGGUGUGAUUGUGGGGCUAGUGUUAUCAGGCCUGAAUGUCCCAAUUAUGGAAUCCUUCUGUCUGUGUGAGCUAGCACUGAGCGGGCUGGGGAGAGAGGAGAGGAGAGGCUGGCUGAAUCAAUGCCGCCUCCACCUCCUCCUCCCAAGAGUGCAUGGGGAUCAGUGACCUGGAGUUUGCUGAGAUGGAUGCCCAUAUUAUCUACCCCUCCCUCCCUUGUGGAAGAUGAAGUGACCCCCCCCCCACCCCCCCUCCUGUGACCAUUUGUGAGAGGAUCAAAGACGCCUCGGAGAUGGAUGCUUUUCACAGGGCAAGCAGCAGCUCCGCUCCAAGCAGCCAGCCAGCCCAAGUCAGUCUGUCUGGGCAGGGUUAUCUAACAUGAAAAUGAUACCCAGGUCUAUUUCUCCUUAGCUUAGCGGCUAAGUAGUGUGCCAAGGCCAGAGCUAUGUCGAUCUUAAAGAGUGUUUUCUCUGUGGUAUGUCAGGCAAUUGAGUCCAGAUGCUUUUCUUACAUCUUACCUUUCAUCUCCCCCAUCUGAGCAAUAGGAUAAUAUGAUCAGAGCACAAUAAGGGGUUUAAACAGCAUUUCCAUUUCAAUGUGAUGCCUGGCAGGCUGGAUGUUGUGGUUAAUCCAAAAAUCUUCCUUCUUCAAUGGAGAUGUUGUCAUAGUUCCUACUCUCGUCCUUAAUCUGUCUGUCUGUGUUUAUCAGUCUCCCUCCCUCUCUGUCUCUCCCCCUCUGUUUGUCUCUGUGUUCAUUAUUUCACCGAAUAAAAGCUGAAAGAUCAGACAGGAAAAAGUCUGUUUGCAUAGUUGACGGUGUUUGUUUUGACAGUUCUGAAGAAACGCGCUUGCUUGUGUUAGCGUGUAGAAAGAGAGCGAGAGAUGAAAAACGAUACGCCCUUUAGGGUUGUGAGUGAAGUCCUGUUUGACUUUGAUGUCAGUGUCGUUGGUUUUGAUUAAAAGUAGGACAGGCAGGCACUGUGCUGGGGAGCAGGUUGCGGAUCACAACUUCUAAAGGAGAACCUUCGAGAAAAAAUAACAUCAUUAGGAAUGAGAAAAAAUAGCACACCCAUCCUAAUGAAAAUAUAACAUUAGAUGAAGAGAAAUAAAUGAACUGUCUCAUAAAAGAAUCAUGAAAAGAAUGGAAAGGGAAUAUAUAUUUGAAUCAUGUAUAUGUUGUGGUUCAUGUGGACACAGUGUACAGUCGUGAUCAAAUAUUUUGAGAAUGACACAAAUACUAAUACUAAGUCUGCUGCCUCUGUUUUGAUGAUGGCAAUUUGCAUAUACUCCAGAAUGUCAUGAAGAGUGAUCAGAUGAAUUGCAAUUAAUUGCAAAGUCCCUCUUUGCCAUGAAAAUGAACUUAAUCCCAAAAAAAAAAUUUCCACUGCAUUUCAGCCCUGCCACAAAAGAACCAGCUGACAUCAUGUCAGUGAUUCUCUCGUUAACACAGGUGAGAGUGUUGACGAGGACAAGGCUGGAGAUCACUCUGUCAUGCUGAUUGAGUUAGAAUAACAGACUGGACGCUUUAAAAGUAGGGUGGUGCUUGAAAUCAUUUAUCUUUAUCUAUUAACCAUGGUUACCUGCAAGGAAACACAUGCCGUCAUCAUUGCUUUGCACAAAAAGGGCUUCACAGGCAAGGAUAUUGCUGCUAGUAAGAUUGCACCUAAAUCAACCAUUUAUCGGAUCAUCAAGAACAUCAUGGAGAGAGGUUCAAUUGUUCUGAAGAAGGCAUCAGGGGCGCCCAAGAAAGUCCAGCAAGCGCCAGGACCGUCUCCUAAAGUUGAUUCAGCUGCGGGAUCGGGCCACCACCAGUGCAGAGCUUGCUCAGGAAUGGCAGCAGGCAGGUGUGAGUGCAUCUGCACGCACAGUGAGGCAAAUACUUUUGGAGGAUGGCCUGGUGUCAAGAAGGGCAGCAAAGAAGCCACUUCUCUCCAGGAAAAACAUCAGGGACAGACUGAUAUUCUGUAAAAGGUACAGGGAUUGAACUCUUUAGGACUGGGGUAAAGUCAUUUUCUCUGAUGAAUCCCCUUUCCGAUUGUUUGGGGCAUCCGGAAAACACCUUCUCCGGAGAAGACAAGGUGAGCGCUACCAUCAGUCCUGUGUCAUGCCAACAGUAAAGCAUCCUGAGAUAAUUCAUGUGUGGGGUUGCUUCUCAGCCAAGGGAGUGGGCUCACUCACAAUUUUGCCUAAGAACACAGCCAUGAAUAAAGAAUGGUACCAACACAUCCUGCGAGAGCAACUUCUCCCAACCAUCCAAGAACAGUUUGGUGACGACCAAUGCCUUUUCCAGCAUGAUGGAGCACAUUGCCUUAAGGCAAAAGUGAUAACUAAGUGGCUUGGGGAACAAAACAUCAACAUUUUUGGGUCCAUGGCCAGGAAACUCCCCAGACCUUAAUCCCGUUGAGAAUUUGUGGUCGAUCCUCAAGAGGCGGGUGGACAAACAAAAACCCACAAAUUCUGACAAACUCCAAGCAUUGAUUAUGCAAGAAUGGGCUGCCAUCAGUCAGGAUGUGGCCCAGAAGUUAAUUGACAGCAUGCCAGGGCGGAUUGCAGAGGUCUUGAAAAAGAAGGGUCAACACUGCAAAUAUUGACUCUUUGCAUAAACUUAAUGUAAUUGUCAAUAAAAGCCUUUGACACUUAUGGAAUGCUUGUAAUUAUACUUCAGCAUACCAUAGUAACAUCCGACAAAAAUAUCUCAUAACACUGAAGCAGCGAACUUUGUGAAGACCAAUACUGUAGAGGGCAUACAGAUGCUAAACCUGCAUGCAAUGUUUUUAAAUGUUCUUUGUUGCACUGUUGUCUCAGCUCUGCCCCUGCUUGAGCAAUACUCUUGUUCUAUUCUGCCCAACAACAAAAGGAAAAAUGCCAAAUCAAAAAAAUGCCAUUGAAUCAUUAUUUAGUUUGCAGCGGUGUCUGUCUGUCCAGAUUAUUUUAUUAUGUGCUUCCCCUUGCAGACGGACUGACAGACUGCAUGGAUCCCGACUGCUGCACUCAGAGUCUGUGCCUGACCAAUCCACUGUGCCUGGGAGCAAGGGAUCCACUGCAGAUCAUCCAGCAGAGCCAAUCACCUUCGCUGAAAGUCAGGUCAUUCUACGACAGAGUCAAGCUGCUGGUGGGGAGGGAUGGUACCCACAUCAUUCCUGGAAACAACCCCUUCAACUCAAGGUAGUGUACCCAUCUAUCAAUUCCAGUUACUUCAGGAUAGAAUCAACUGGUUGUACAGUAAACAUCAGCAUAUAUUGUGUCAGAAUAUUCUAAAGUAAUUACCACUGACUUUGACAGUCAUACAGUGCAUUCGGAAAGUAUUCAGACCAGUGGCAGCUCCUGAAAAAAUUCUCAGGGGGGGCAAUUUUUCUGAUGAUUUAGGUGACCUACACACAUUUUAAAAAAGAUAUGUCCAGCAACAACAUGAAGACAGGGGCAGCAUAUAAGUCAAUACCAGAAGCAUUUAUUGACUGAUCUCAAAAGUGUUGGCUUACCAGGGUUGGUGGAGCCCUCAGUUUCAUCUUUGCCUCGCAAAGCUAACUCAAACACUCCGCAAAACUUCACACACUGGAUUAGCCGGCUGAGGAUGUGGCGGUUCUUGCUAAUGUCGUAGUAAAUAUAUUUGUUAUAGUGAAUAUGGAAUAUGAUAUGUUGAGUAAAAUGUUGUGCUAAGAUCUAUUUAGGUCAGGAGCUGGUUAUAAGUUCUGUUCCUAUCCAAUAACAAUGGACAAAAGGGUCCUAUCUUGUCAGCCUUGUCAGCAGGUGGCCAAGGACAACACCCACGCCAUAGGCCUCUCAGUUCUUCCAACUCACGAGUUCUUGCUCUGAGGACACACACACACACACACACAAACACACACACACACACAUCAUCACUGUUAAACACACACACACACACACACACACACACACAUCAUCACUGUUAAACACACACACACACACACACAAAAAUCCCCUCUCUUAGGCUGAACAUUUGAAGACAGAGAACCCGACUCAGAGCCAAUGCAACAGUGACAGUAGCCUGGAGGGGACCUCGCCCAACUCAUCAGGACCAAUCAGAAGAUCAGAACUACUAGAUUCAACCUACUUCAUUUAUUGCAUAAAAUGUCUGCACACAAUGUUUCGGGGCUCUCUUCAGAUAAUAAUAAUAAUAAUAAUAUUAUGCCAUUUAGCAGACGCUUUUAUCCAAAGCGACUUACAGUCAUGCGUGCAUACAUUUUUGUGUAUGGGUGAUCCCGGGGAUCGAACCCACUACCUUGGCGUUACAAGCGCAGUGCUCUACCAGCUGAGCUACAGAAAGUGGAUACUCAUGGAUGCGCAUCGCAAUUGUAAAAUGUCAACACAAUUGGAGACACCACGUCAUUUUUGGAGACAUGUUAUUGACAGUAAACUAUUGUAGAUGCGACUGCUAACUAAAUAAAACAUUUUAGCUGGCUAGCUAAUCAUCUUAGCUAAAUGUGGGGCAAACAAUUCAGUUAUUUACCGUUAAUUUGAGGGAUUGGGGUGAAAGAAAUCGAGUUACAUAGUGAUACUUUACGAUAUACUGUAUUGACAAUAUCGCAAUAUUUUAGCGCUAGUUGGCUGUACCUGCACCAAAACACCAUUAUUGUUCCUUCAUAGCUUGUUCUCAAUCUUUUCACAUUGGGAGCCAAUUUGUUUUCAGCACUUUUAUUUCCAUGACUGAUCAAAACUCGUUCUCAUGGCUUUCUGAUCCCUCUGCAACAGACAUAUGGUGCGCAAUAAAAUCACAGUAUCGAAUCGCAAUACGUAUAGAAUCAUGAGACUCGCAAUGCAUAUAUCUUAUCGUGAGGUCCCUGGCAAUUCCCAGCCCAAGUUCAUUUGCCACAACAAAUCUCUUCGCUAGCAAACGCGAUGUCUUCUCCAAAACGGCAAUGUGUCUCCAGCAAUGUUUACUUUUUUGACGUUCUAUGGCAUCUCCACUUUCCAAGCAUAUAUGACCACAUGUAAUAUGUUGGUAAGUGAUGCAAAUAGUGAACUAUGUAGGGCCAGGAUGUAAAAUAUAUGUAGCUGCAGCAAUUUCUCUUAUCUGAUAUGGUAAGUAAUGGGGCUUAAUGUAUAGCUCCCUGAGAGUUUGACGAACGGGUCCGUGCACGCGAUUCCAGAUAUCUUUACCUCUGAAUAAACUGCCUUUAUUAUACCAUAUCCACCCUGUCCAAAGUCUCUACUUGGUCUCAGUUCUCCAGUAAACUUGUGAUUAUCAACACUAACCUCAUCGUUGUGGCGGCGGACAGCUAGCCUGUAUCCCUCAUCCAGUUGAGUGGCAAUGUCUUUUUUCGUUCGUACCAAUUUUUGGAAAAUCCUCGGGUGUAGGACUUUCCGCCUUUAGUAGAAACCUGUUGAAUUAUUAAAUUUGGUCUGGGAGGUCCUAAUUGUUUCGUUGCCAAUUUAUCUUCAUUUGUUCGCCGACAAAAAGGAACUUCUUUCAAAGACACAAUCCGCUCUUUUCUUAGUUACGUUCAUGGUUACGUUACGUAUGACGAAAGCGCGUAAGUGCAAGCCCUCAGACACCCAUAGAGAUUGUAUUGAAAGCUCUGAAAUUUGAAAAAAAUAGAUUUUACAUGGGAGUCUAUGACAGACUUCUGGGCGAUUUUCAACCUGACUGAAAUCGCCCCAAAAGGGGGGGGAGCCAUUUGAAGCACGACUUUAGCCUGAUUCGACAUUUAGUGGCAGUGUGGCACUGUGGCAGAUCAGACGUAUAGAUUACAACACUGAUAACUACUGUUGCCGUGAUAUAAUUGAUUAGAAAAAAAAUCCCUUCCUUUUCCCGUUUGGCAGUGCGUCGCCCAUAUCGCCCUAUUGAACAGGCCGCCCCUGAUUCAGACCCCUUGACUUUUUCCACAUUUUGUUACGUUACAGCCUUAUUCUAACAUUGAUUAAAUUAAUGUAUUCCCUCAUCAAUCUACACACAAUACCCCAUAAUGACAAAGCUAAAACAGGUUUAUAGAAAUGUUUGCAAAUGUAUUAAAAAUAAAAAAUGCCCUUUGCUAUUAGACUCGAAAUUGAGCUCAGGUGCAUCCUAUUUCCAUUUAUCAUCCUUGAGAUGUUUCUACAACGUGAUUGGAGUCCACCUGUGGUAAAUCCAAUUGAUUGGACAUGAUUUGGAAAGACACACACCUGUCUAUAUAAGGUCCCACAGUUGACAUUGCAUGACAGAGCAAAAACCAAACUAUGAGGUCAAUGGAAUUGUCCGUAGAGCUCCGAGACAGGAUUGUGUUGAGGCACAGAUCUGGGGAAGGGUACCAAAAAAUGUCUGCAGCAUUGAAGGUCCCCAAGAACACAGUGACCUCCAUCAUUGUUUAAUGGAAGAAGUUUGGAACCACCAAGACUCUUCCUAGAGCUGGCCGCCCGGCCAAACUGAGCAAUCGGGGGAGAAGGGCCUUGGUCAGGGAGGUGACCAAGAACCCGAUGGUCACUCUGACAGAGCUCUAGAGUUCCUCUGUGGAGAUGGGAGAACCUUCCAGAAGGACAACCAUCUCUGCAGCACUCCACCAAUCAGGCCUUUAUGGUAGAGUGGCCAGACGGAAGCCACUCCUCAGUAAAAGGCACAUGACAGCCCACUUGGAGUUUGCCAAAAGGCACCUAAAGGAUUCUCAGACCAUGAGAAACAAGAUUCUCUGGUGAUGAAACCAAGAUUGAACUCUUUAGCCUGAAUGCAAAGCGUCACGUCCGGAGUAAACCUGGCACCAUCCCUAUGGUGAAGCAUGGUGGUGGCAGUAUCAUGAUGUGGGGAUAUUUUUCAGCGACAGGGACAGGGAGAGUAGUCACCUUCCAACAGGACAAUGCCAGUAAGGACACAGCCAAGACAACGCAGGAGUGGCUUCGGGACAAGUCUCUGAAUGUCCUUGAGUGGCCCGGCCAGAGCCCGGACUUGAACCUGAUCGAACAUCUCUGGAGAGACCUGAAAAUAGCUGUGCAGCGACGUUCCCCAUCCAACCUGACAGAGCUUGAGAGGAUCUGCAGAGAAGAAUGGGAGAAACUCCCCAAAUACAGGUGUGCCAAGCUUGUAGCGUCAUACCCAAGACGCUUUGAGGCUGUAAUCGCUGCCAAAGGUGAUUCAACAAAGUACUGAGUAAAGGGUCUGAAUACUUAUGUAAAUGUGAUAUUUCAGUUUUUUACUUAGAAUACAUUUGCUAAAGUUUCUAAAAACCUGUUUUUGCUUUGUCAUUAUGGGGUAUUGUGUGUAGAUUGAUGAGGGGGAAAACGAUUUUAAUCCAUUUUAGAAUAAGACUGUAACAUAACAAAAUGUGGAAAAAGUCAAGGGGUCUGAAUACUUUCCGAACGCUGUUACACCAUCUCCGUACCUUCAGUUAGGAAGCAGCUAUAUCCUCUGUUGCAGCCUGGCGGCGUUGAUCAGAGGCCAGGUCCUGACCACGGACGGGACUCCCCUGGUGGGGGUCAACGUGACGUUCGUCAAGUACCCUCACUAUGGCUUCACCCUGACUCGACAGGACGGCACGUAAGUAACCAUGACAACAGAUCUUUAGAUGUAUGAUUUAUGUCCCUUAGGCCCCCCCAUGACUUUGAGUGAAUGGAUGAACGGUGAGGAUCAAAGUAUUUAUAACCCCCCUGUCCUCUGUUUUUCUUCCUCUCUAGAUUUGACCUGGUGGCCAAUGGGGGUGUGUCUCUGGCCCUGCGCUUCGAGCGAGCUCCGUUCCUGAGCCAGGAGCGCACAGUGUGGCUACCCUGGAACCGGUUCUAUGCCAUGGACACGCUAGUGCUGAAGACGGAGGAGAAUACCAUCCCAGCCUGUGACCUCAGCGGUUACGUCCACCCUGACCCCGUGGUGGUGGCCUCGCCCCUCUCCUCCUUCUACAGCUCCCACCCUGCAGAAAGGCACAUCAUCCCUGAGACUCAGGUGCAUACACAGCACUCUCUCUCUCUCUCUCUCUCUAGCUCCCUCUCUCUCUCUCUCGCUCUCGCUCUCGCUCUCGCUCUCGCUCUCUCGCUGUCGCUCUCGCUCUCGCUCUCUCGCUCUCUCUCUCUCUCUCGCUCUCGCUCUCGCUCUCGCUCUCGCUCUCUCUCUAGCUCUCUUUCUCUGUUUCUCUCUCUCUAGCUCUCUCUCUCUCUCUCUCUCUCUCUCUCUAGCUCUCUCUCUCUCUCUCUCUCUCUCUCUCUAGCUCUCUUUCUCUGUUUCUCUCUCUCUAGCUCUCUCUCUCUCUCUCUAGCUCUCUUUCUCUCUCUCUCUCUCUCUCUCUCUCUCUCUCUAGCUCUCUCUCUCUCUCUCUCUUGCUCUCUCGCUCUCUCUCUCUCGCUCUCUCGCUCUCUCUCUCUAGCUCUCUUUCUCUCUCUCUCUCUCCGUCUAUCUUUCUCUCACACUUCCUUGUCUCUUCUCUCUCUCACGUCUCUCUCUUCCUCUCCCUCUUUCUUUCACUGACUCCCUCUCUCCCUGCUCCUCCUAGGUGGUUCAUGAGCAGCUGGAGAUCCCGGGCACAGGUCUGAAGCUGUGCUACCUGAGCUCUCGUGCCCCGGGGUACCGCGCCCUGCUGAAGGUGACCAUGACCCAGGCGAUGGUACCCCUGUCCCUGGCCAAGGUGCACCUGAUGGUGGCCGUGGAGGGGCAUCUCUUCCAGAAGUGGUUCCACGCCUCUCCUAACCUGGCCUACACCUACAUCUGGGACAAGACAGAUGCCUACAGGCAGAGGGUCUAUGGUCUGACCCAGGCAUCUGGUGAGUAGCAGCGUGAGAUGUUUGGUCCGUUAUAUCAGAUGUAUCUAUCCAGACACAGUACAAUGUCAUCUGUUACCACAACAUUGUGUUGUGACUUUCUGACAAUCUCUCACUCAGCUAAUCAAACAAAAGUCCUUCACUACAUUAGCACACGUUUAAUUAAGUUGACACCUACACAGUAACAUACUGUGUGAUACUGUGUAGGUGUGAACAGUUGUCUACCUCGGGGCCCCGUGCAUUCACACAUACAGCAUGUGAUCACGCUUCAUUCUGUGCACACACACACGUCUCAUUAAAUCUCACUCGCCUGAUUAACAUUCUUAUUGAAGCAAACUGAACCUGAUGCGCUUGUCCACGUGACCGGCGAAGAGUACAUUUUAAAAGCAUUCAAUGACUGUAUGUGCCAUGCAAUGUGAUUUUAAAUUCUGUGUUACUUAUGAGGUGAUGCUAAAGUUUGGAUGGAGAAUAAAGUGGCAUUCUCCUCUGUUCUUCUACAGUGUCAGUGGGGUUUGAGUAUGAGACGUGUCCCAGUCAGAUCCUAUGGGAGAAGAGGACAGCGGUGCUGCAGGGAUAUGAGCUGCUGCCCUCCAACCUAGGGGGCUGGUCCCUGGACAAACACCACACCCUCAACAUUGCCAGUGGUACGACCUACAGCAUUUUGUUUUAAUAUUUUGUGGGUUUGAUUUAUUUGAUUGCGAUAGGACAGUGAAGAGGAGACAGGAAAGGCAGGAGAGAUUGCGAGUCGGAAGGGCAGUGGGUCAGAUUUGAACCCAUGCCAACAAGCCUAGGGCGGCAGGUAGCUUAGUGGUUAAGAGCGUUGUACCAGUAACCGAAAGGUCGCUGGUUCUAAUCCCCGAGCCGACUAGGUGAAAAAUCUGUUGAUGUGCCCUUGAGCAAGGCACUUAACACUCUGGAUAAGAGCGUCUGCUAAAAAUGUAAAAACAUUUAAAAAAUAGGCUGUUGGUGUUCACUGGGGUCUGCUGCAUUAACCACUUCCACCAUACAGACCUACAGCCUUUAGAACAGGACUAACUUCACUCACACCAGGACAGAUGGGCUACUACCACAGUCGGAUCAUUCACACGUGUUCUUGUUUAGUGUUGCGAAAUGUUAAAAAAGGUGUGGCUACAUGGUCACUGAAACCGGACAGCUUCUUUGAGUACAUCCAAGAAGCCCUGUCUUCUCUCAUCUGUAUAUCAGUGCAGUGCCACUGGGGUAUCUCCUCCUACAACACUGCCCUCUGUGUUUUGACAGCAUUACACGUGUCCUGAAUACCAAUGGAAUGUUCCUGUGUGCGGGCAAUGACAGACAGGGGACAAGCAGUCGACGUGUAGGUCCCCUGUAGCUCAGUUGGUGGAGCGUGGCGCUUGCAACGCCAGGGUUGUGGGUUCGUUUCCCACGGGGGGGGGGGGGGGGGGGGGGCAGUAUGAAAAUGUAUGCACUCACUUAACUGUAAGUCGCUCUGGAUAAGAGCGUCUGCUAAAUGACUAAAAUGUAAAAUGUAAGCAAGGGGGUCAAUAAGAUGAUAAACACUAAUCUUUUGUAUUAGAUUUAUUAGGAUCCCCAUUAGCCGAUGCCAAUGACGACAGCUAGUCUUACUGGGGUCUGACACAAAAUGAAAAAUACAUUACAGACAAAAGACUUUACAAUUUACAUCCAUUUAAAAACAUGAGUGUGUGUGUGUGUGUGUGUGUGUGUGUGUGUGUGUGUGUGUGUGUGUGUGUGUGUGUGUGUGUGUGUGUGUGUGUGUGUGUGUGUGUGUGUGUGUGUGUGUGUGUGUGUGUGUGUGUGUGUGUGUGUGUGUGUGUGUGUGUGGACCAGAAGUCUCCACCAGGAAUAGUAAACGAACAGAAAUUUGGCCAACUGGCGACAUUUUGUUAGUCCCCAUGAGGUCAAAUGCUAUUUCUAGGGGGUUUAGGGUUAAGGUAAGAAUUCAUGUUAGGGUUAGAAUUAGGUUUAGUGUUAGGGUUAGGAGCUAGGGUUAGUUUUAGGGUUAGGAGCUAGGGUUAGGUUUAUGGUUAGGGUUAGGAGCUAGGGUUAGGGUUAAGGUUAGGUGUUAGGGUACGGGUUAGGGUUAGGGAAAAUAGGAUUUUGAAUGGGACUGAAUUGUGUUUCCCCACAAGGUUAGUUACACAUACAGUGCCAUCAGACAGUAUUCACACCCCUUGACUUUUUCCACAUUUUGUUGUUACAAAGUGGGAUUAAAAUGGAUGUAGUUGUCAUUUUUGGUCAACGAUCUACACAAAGUACUCUGUAAUGUCAAAGUGGAAGAAAAAUUCUAACACUUAUUUUUAUUUUUUAAUAUGAAAAAUAAAACACUAAUGUAUCUUGAUUAGAUAAGUAUUCACCCCCCUGAGACAAUACAUGUUAGAAACAAUUUCCUUCAGGCUCAGAUUAAAAAUAUGACAUAUACAUAUACAUACCAUCCUCAGUAGCUUUCCAUCUAAGUUGUCAAUGCCAGGAGGUUUGUCAUUAUUGACCGAUAACAAUAACUUUUCCACCUCUCCCACACUAACUUUACAAAAUUCUAACUUACAGUGCUUUUUUUUAUUAUUAUUAGUUUUUAUUAUGCAUGAAUACGAUGGCUCACUGUUCGUUGUUGGCAUUUCCUGUCUUAAGUUUUCCCACUUUGCCAAUGAAGUAAUCAUUAAAAGAAUUGGCAACGUGAUGAAUAAGCCAUCUGAUUGGAUGAAAGAUGAAGUUGAAUUUGUCUUUCUGCCCAUAAUUUCAUUUAACGUAUUCCAACGUUUUUUUUCCAUUAUUCUUUAUAUAAUUGAUCUUGGCUUCAUAAUACAGUUUCUUCUUUUUGUUGAGUUUAGUCACAUAAUUUCUCAAUUUGCAGUAAAUCAGCCAGUCAGAUGUGCAGCCAGACUUAUCAGCCACUAUAUAUAUAUAUAUAUAUAUAUAUAUAUAUAUAUAUAUAUAUAUAUAUAUAUAUAUAUAUACUACUCUGACUCUCACCCCCUCACAUUCACUUUGUUUCUAUAGCAACAGAUUGAACAGGAUUGGAUUACAGAUUUAAUUACUUUGUUUUAUUUUUGGAUACCCAGGGAAUUGAAAGUCUUAAAAUGAUAAGUAAGUUAAUAUUAAGAUGGAGGCUGAUUAAAAAGUGUCUCUGGUUCUUUGUUCCCGAGCUGUAUUCUUGGCGUGGCUGUGAAGUUUAGGAUCUAAAAGGAUAUUGUUUUGAAUCGGAAUGCCUCUACUGUUUCAGGGAUCUUACAUAAGGGCAGUGGAGAGAACGUGUUUGUGUCGGAGCAGCAGCCUCCAGUCAUCAACAGCAUCAUGGGUAAUGGGCGCAGGCGCAGUAUCUCCUGUCCCAGCUGCAGUGGUCUGGCCGAGGGCAACAAGCUGCUGGCCCCCAUGGCGCUGGCCUGUGGGGGGGACGGCAGCCUGUAUGUGGGAGACCUCAACUUCAUCCGCCGGGUCUACCCCACCCUCAACACCACGGCCGUGCUGGAGCUCAGGUAGGGUAUCAAUGUACAGAGGGUAUCAGUGGGGGAGGGUAUCAGUGUGGGAGGGUAUCAGUGGGGGAGGGGUUAAGUAGGAUGAUGGGAUGAUGGGCAGAAACUAACAAGGUUGUUUUUCUUUCUUUUGUUUUUCAGAAAUAAAGACUUGAGGCAUGGGUAAGUUAUGCGUCCUCCAACAGCUUGGUGACAUUGUCUGACAUACAGCUGUAGCAGAAGUGAUAGUUAUCUUCCUGUAUGUUGGUACGCUUAUUGAAUGUAUUCCCAAUCUCUGUUUUAGUCCUUUGAGGGAUUAGCUGUCACACCUCUUGAAAUAGAUUUUUGUUGCUGCGGGUUAUUAUUGUUAUUUUAUCUUAUAAUUUCUCCGUAGGAACAACCCAACACACAAGUACUACCUAGCGGUGGACCCAAUGUCUGGGGCGGUCUUUCUCUCAGACACCAACUCUCGGCAGAUAUACCGCGUGCGCUCGCUGACCAGCGGGCGGCAGUUGUUGGACAAUGCCCAGGUGGUGGCUGGGACCGGCGAGCAGUGUGUCCCCUUCGACGAGGCUCGCUGUGGGGACGGGGGCAAGGCCGUGGAGGCCGCACUCAUGAACCCCAGGGGUGAGUACAUUUACAUUUACAUCAUUUAGCAGACGCUCUUAUCCAGAGCGACUUACAAAUUGGUGCAUUCAAUUUAUGAUAGCAAGUGGGACAACCACUUUUUUUCUUAUUUUUUUUUAUGGGGGGGUGGGGGUGGGGGGAUAGAAGGAUUACUUUAUACUAUUCCAGGUAUUCCUUAAAGACGUAGGGUUUCAAGUGUCUCCGGAAGGUGGUGAGUGACUCCGCUGUCCUGGCGUCGUGGGGGAGUACCAGGGGCAGGGGCUAUCAACCCUGACUGGGGAGGUGACAGUGACUUGUUACUGAGUACUGAUGCAGGGCAGGGUGGCUGUGCUCCACGCGUUCACUAUAAAAUCCAUUCCGCUCAUCAGUGGCGGCUCCUGAAAAAAUUCUCAGGGGGGGCAAUUUUUCUGAUGAUUUAGGUGACCUACACACAUUUUAAAAAAGAUAUGUCCAGCAACAACAUGAAGACAGGGGCAGCAUAUAAGUCAAUACCAGAAGCAUUUAUUGACUGAUCUCAAAAGUGUUGGCUUACCAGGGUUGGUGGAGCCCUCAGUUUCAUCUUUGCCUCGCAAAGCUAACUCAAACACUCCGCAAAACUUCACACACUGGAUUAGCCGGCUGAGGAUGUGGCGGUUCUUGCUAAUGUCGUAGUAAAUAUAUUUGUUAUAGUGAAUAUGGAAUAUGAUAUGUUGAGUAAAAUGUUGUGCUAAGAUCUAUUUAGGUCAGGAGCUGGUUAUAAGUUAUGUUCCUAUCCAAUAACAAUGGACAAAAGGGUCCUAUCUUGUCAGCCUUGUCAGUUUCAGUUCUCCAGUAAACUUGUGAUUAUCAACACUAACCUCAUCGUUGUGGCGGCGGACAGCUAGCCUGUAUCCCUCAUCCAGUUGAGUGGGAAUGUUCACUCUCCCCAAAGCAGACAAUCUCAAACAGCUAUCCAUGUGGGUCUUUGACAGCUCAUGUUUCUUAAUCUUUCCUGAAAGAUGGUGCAUGUUCGUUACACACCAGUCGCUGUCCAAGCGGUGCUGUCUGCCGUGCCGCCUUCAGGGUGAAAGAGUAAGCAGGGGGUAGCAGAAGACUGCAUUAGCUACAUCGCAGCCUGCUAGCCAGGUUUUUCGUUCGUACCAAUUUUUGGAAAAUCCUCGGGUGUAGGACUUCCCCCCUUUAGUAGAAACCUGUUGAAUUAUUAAAUUUGGUCUGGGAGGUCCUAAUUAUUUCGUUGCCAAUUUAUCUUCAUUUGUUCGCCGACAAAAAGGAACUUCUUUCAAAGAGACAAUCGAGUUGCACUGAACGCUAUAGCAAUCUUACCAGUAGUACGUGAAUUGAUUGACGCUGCUACCCGCUCUUUUCUUAGUUACGUUCAUGGUUACGUUACGUAUGACGAAAGCGCGUAAGUGCAAGCCCUCAGAAACCCAUAGAGAUUGUAUUGAAAGCUCUGAUAUUUGAAAAAAAUAGAUUUUACAUGGGAGUCUAUGACAGACUUCUGGGCGAUUUUCAACCUGACUGAAAUCGCCCCAAAAGGGGGGGGUGGCAUUUGAAGCACGACUUUAGCCUGAUUGGACAUUUAGUGGCACUGUGGCAGAUCAGACGUCUAGAUUACAACACUGAUAACUACUGUUGCCGUGAUAUAAUUGAUUAGAAAAAAAAUCCCUUCCUUUUCCCGUUUGGCAGUGCGUCGCCCAUAUCGCCCUAUUGAACAUACCGCCCCUGCCGCUCAUCUAAUUUCCUUAAGGAUUAGAAUUGUUAUAGCUGACUGUCACUUUUACACAGCCUUGUAGGAAGCACUCAUAUUUUGGGAUUUUACACAGGUUCACCUGCUGUUCAUUUGGGGUGUUUAGCUGUCACUCAAUAUCACAGGAGGUGGGUGGCAGCUUAAUUGGGGAGGACAGGCUCGUGGUAAUGGCUGGAGCGGAAUCAGUGGAAUGGUAUCAAAUACAUGAUACACAUGGUUUCCAUGGUUUCCAUGUGUUUGACGCCAUUCCAUCAGUUCCGUUCCAGCCAUUAUUAUGAGCCGUCCUCCCCUCAGCAGCCUCCACUGCUCAAUAUCUAUCUAGUGAUAGGCUAUCCUCGGGAAGCGGGGUAUGUAAAUGACAGUGAUUUGUUCAGAGCAGUGACCUGGAAAAGAGAUGGCGGCUCUUCUUGACACCAAACCGCCAGGCGGAGUGUUGCACUGUCACUUGGUGUCACAGGAGAGAUGACACGUUAAAACACCGACAUCCUGAUGUCAGUAUGAUGUUACAACAGAAUGCUUGAUGAGCCCAACCUUGACUUUGUUUUGACUGUUUGUGUUAGCAGCACCAGAACUCGUUUUCACAUGUCAAAAGGGUUAUGAUUUCUAACUCCGCCCUUUCUUAUUUCUUUCUGUCUGUCAGGGAUCGCUGUGGAUAAGAACGGCCUCAUGUACUUUGUUGACGCCACCAUGAUCCGCAAGGUGGACCAGAACGGCAUCAUCUCCACCCUGAUCAAGACCAAUGACCUCACAGCGGUCCGUCCACUCAGCUGUGACUCCAGCAUGGACGUCAGUCAGGUCAGGAGGGAACUCUAUGUUUUAUAUCUUAAUGUUUUGGACUUAUAGGCCCUUUGGGACUUAUAGGCCCUUUGGGACUUAUAGGCCCUUUGGGACUUAUAGGCCCUUUGGGACUUAUAGGCCCUUUGGGGGGGGGGGGGGUCCAGUGGAUUUGUGACGACUCAUGUGUUCUGUGUCUGUUGAUCUAGGUGCGUCUGGAAUGGCCCACUGACCUGGCGGUGAACCCCACAGACAACUCCCUGUAUGUUCUGGAGAACAAUGUGAUCAUGCGCAUCACUGAGAACCACCAGGUCAGCAUCGUCGCUGGGAGGCCCAUGCACUGCCAGGUCCCAGGCAUCGACUACUCCCUGAGCAAGCUGGCCAUCCACUCGGCUCUGGAGAGCGCCACGGCCAUCGCCAUCUCCCACAGCGGUGUGCUCUACAUCGCCGAGACGGACGAGAAGAAGAUCAACCGCGUGCGGCAGGUCAGCGCCUCCGGAGAGAUCUCUCUGCUGGCCGGCGCCACCGCUGAGUGUGACUGCAAGAACGACAUCAACUGUCAAUGCUUCUUUGGCGACGAGGGCUACGCCACGGACGCCGGGCUUAACGCCCCCUCCUCGCUUGCCGUGUCUCCCGAUGGCACGCUGUUUAUCGCUGACCUAAACAACAUCCGUGUGCGGGCAGUGAGGCGCAACAGGCCCGUGGCCACGCCCGUGGGGCUUUACGAGGUGGGGUCACCACGGGAACAGGAGCUCUAUGUGUUCAGUAGAGAUGGGCUCCACAGACAGACAGUCAGUCUGAUCACCGGAGAACCCCUCUAUAACUUCACCUACGGGCCAGACGGGGAGCUGGCUGUUGUGGCUGAUAACUGUAACAACACCCUGAGGGUGAGGAGGGACGGAUCUGGCCAGCUGAGGCUGGUGCUGCUGCCUGAGAACCAGGUGGUCACCAUGGGGUUGGACCCUGCCGGCGGCCUGCGCUCCGUAUCUGCCCUCAACCAGGAGGUGGCGCUGAUGAGCUAUGCUGCGAACACAGGCCUUCUGGCCUCCAAGGCCGAUGAGACUGGAUGGACCAACUUUUAUGAGUAUGUGUGAAUUGACUUGUAUAAUAUGUGUAAUGCGACUGGGUAAAUUAACCAUUCGGUGAUAUAACUCACAUGUUCAUGUGGGCUGAGAGAAUAAGUGUUCGCCAUUUUUUGGCGUGGAAAUAAUGCGAGAGAGAGAGAGUGUGUAUGGUUUACAGGAUGGUCAUGUGACUGUCGCCAUCUGGUGUCUGACCCUGGUAUUACACUGAAUACAUUUACAUUUUACAUUUACAUUUUUUUGUCAUUUAGCAGACACUCUUAUCCAGAGCGACUUACAGUUAGUGAGUGCAUACAUUAUUUUUUUAUUUUUUUCAUACUGGCCCCCCGUGGGAAUCGAACCCACAACCCUGGCGUUGCAAACGCCAUGCUCUACAUCCCUGCCGGCCAUUCCCUCCCCUACCCUGGACAACGCUGGGCCAAUUGUGCGCCGCCCCAUGGGUCUCCCGGUCGCGGCCGGCUACGACAGAGCCUGGAUUCGAAUACAUUACAUUACAUUACAAUACAUUACAUUACAUUACAUUACAAUACAUUACAUUACAUGGGGUGGAAGGUAGCUUAGUGGGUAAGAGCGUUGUGCCAGUAACCGAAAGGUCGCUGGUUCUAAUCCCCGAGCCGACUAGGUGAAUAAUCUGUCGAUGUGCCCUUAAGCAAGGCACUUAACCCUAAUUGCUCAUGUAAGUCGCUCUGGAUAAGAGCGUCUGCUAAAUGACAAAAAAAAACAAAAAAAACAUUACAUUACAGGACAUCUGUUGGUCUCACAUUUGAUUAAACAAUCAAGCUUUAUUUUCCAGCACAUGUAGGAUUUUUCCUCCAUGGCCCCGUUGGCUCAGCUCCGUCCUAUUCUCCCCAUACAGGUAUGACAGUGAGGGACGUCUGACUAACGUCACCUACCCCACGGGAGUGGUGACCAGCCUGCACCGGGAGAUGGAGCAGUCCAUCAACGUCGACAUGGAGAGCUCCAACAGAGACGGUGACGUCACCGUCAUCACCAACCUGUCCUCUGUGGAAGCGUCCUACACCGUGGUGCAAGGUAACUGACAUGUCACCUAAAAGGAUGAUUUCUCAUAAAAAAUAUAUUAUACGAAUUGGAAUUUCAUCAUAUUGCUGCCCAACAAGACGGCCCCUGAUCCCAGAGGUUAUUUCAGCCGUUUAGCAGGGAGGGUGGAAGAGCAAGAGGGAGAAUGGAUUUCCCCACUGACUCGCGGAGGAGGUCUGACAGAAAAUAAAUGCAAUUUCAUCUGUACGUCUGGAAACUACUGGAGUCAUGAGAAUAAGAAUUUAAGAGAUUUAUAUGAAAGUCUGCCCUGGUGGGGGGCUCGUAAAAGAGGGAAAAGUGACUUGGCUACCUUAAACUGCACAAUUUAUUUCAAUCUAAUGUGGGAGUUCUGACUGAAAUGGCCUCUACAAAGUAAAUAUGUCUUUAAAGGCUCACAAACUUUACUUCUCCUGUUUCAAGGAGAUAAUUGAGUUUGAAAGACGUUAAAAGCUGGUUUUGAGUACUCUUGUCUUGUUAGACGUGUUCAAGAAGUUUCCUCGGGUUAAACUCCAUGGAUUAUUUUGCUUCCAGAUACCUUUUCUCCUCAGAUGUAGUCCAUGAUCUCGUUACUGCAUGUAAAUUGAAUAAAAGGCUCAUGUUCUGCAUUUUGCUGAGAGACUAAAAACCUCUUUAUCUUUGGUCAUGUCAUUCUGAGAGAGGAUACUUGUUAUUGUCUGGGAGGAAAGUACACAGAUCCAGGGAACGCAUUUCCUCAAUCAGAUCAAAUGGAAUGUCUUCUCUGUAAUAAAACGUGCCUUCAGUUUCUCACUUCUCAUAUAACUGUGUGUGUGUGUGUGUGUGUGUGUGUGUGUGUGUGUGUGUGUGUGUGUGUGUGUGUGUGCUGCUCCCCCCUGCAGACCAAGUACGGAACAACUACCAGUUCUGUUACAAUGGCACUCUCCGGGUAUCGUAUGCCAACGGCAUGGGCCUCAGCUUCCACACAGAGCCCCACAUCCUAGCCGGCUCGGUCAGCCCUACCAUUGGUCGGCGCAACAUCACUCUGCCCACCGACAGCGGGCUGAAUUCUAUCGAGUGGAGGAUGAGGAAGGAAGUAAUCAAAAGCAAAGUGACCGUCUAUGGCAGGAAGCUGAGGGUAAGCUGGAGUGCUCAGUUUCUAAUGUCAGUCCAUUUCUGGAGGUUUUUUAAUCAAUGCAGCUUGUUGUCUGUCAGACUAAAGACCCUCUCUGUAUGGUAGCAUGUGUCACUGAGAAGGAAAAUAGAGCUACAAUAUACACUUUAGAGAGUAAUAUUGUUGAAUUUAAAUAUAUAUAUAUAUAUAUAUAUGACUUGUACACAGCCAGCUCUGUACUAGCUUUGCUAGUUGGCAAAGGAGAGGAUAUUGAGUUUUUCAGUUUUUAGAAACAAUAUUUUAAAGCAUAGGGUGUCUUCCUCUCAUACCUCAUGUACCUGUGACUAAUGUGAUAUCCUUCCUCACUUUGCACAGGCCCACGGCAGGAACCUCCUCUCCAUCGACUUUGACCGCAACACUCGCACAGAGAAGAUCUAUGACGACCACCGUAAGUUCACGCUGAGGAUCAUGUACGACCAGCAGGGCCGUCCAGCCACCUGGCUUCCCAGCAGCAGCCUGGCUGUGGUCAACGUGUCCUACUCCCCCACCGGACGCCUGGUGGGCCUGCAGAGAGGCAGCAUGAGCCAGAGGAGCGAGUUUGACACCUUCGGACGCAUCCUCUCACGCACCUUUGUGGACGGGAAGGUGUGGAGCUUCAGCUAUCUGGACAAGGUGAGGCAUUCUGAUACACUACUGGGUGUGUGUGGGUGUGUGUGUGUGUGUGUGUGUGUGUGUGUGUUGUGUGUGUCUCUGUAUGUCUGUGUGUCUCUGUGUGUACUGUUAGUUGCCUGGGAACAGAGUGUCAAGACAGUUUUCCACUCUUGCCUGUUCCUGAGUUUUGUUGUUAAAGUUUUUCACGGUGUCUGUUGUUGUGGAUGUCCAGACCACAGUACAGAAUAAAAGGCUAAAUGUAUUGUAUUUUCCAUCUCCCUCCCCAGUCCAUGGUUCUGCUCCUCCAGAGUCAGAAGCAGUAUGUGUUUGAGUUUGACACCUCAGGGCGUCUCACCUCUGUCACCAUGCCCAGCAUGGCCAGACACACCAUGUCCACCCACGUGUCCGUCGGCUACAUCCGCAACAUCUACAACCCUCCCGAGAGCAACGCCACCGUCAUCCACGACUUCAGCGAGGACGGACGACCACGUGCCACCUUCUACCUGGGCACGGGCCGACACGUCAUGUACAAGUACGGCAAGCUGGCCAAGCUGUCUGAGGUUCUGUACGACGGCACGGCCGUUACGUUCGGCUACGACGAGACGACCGGAGUAUUGAAGAUGGUCAACCUGCAGAGCGGCGGGUUCUCCUGCACAAUCCGUUACCGUAAAAUAGGCCCCCUGGUGGACAGACAGAUGUACCGCUUCUCUGAGGAGGGCAUGGUCAACGCCCGCUUCGACUACACCUACCACGACAACAGCUUCCGCGUGGCCAGCAUCAAGCCUGUGAUCGGCGAGACGCCCCUGCCCCUGGACCUCUACCGCUACGAUGACAUCUCAGGCAAGGUGGAGCACUUUGGCAAGUUUGGCAUUAUAUACUAUGACAUCAACCAGAUUAUCACCACGGCAGUGAUGACCCUCAGCAAGCACUUUGACGCCCACGGCCGCAUCAAAGAGGUGCAGUACGAGAUCUUCCGCUCGCUCAUGUACUGGAUGACGGUACAGUAUGACAGCAUGGGCCGGGUCAUCAAGAGAGAGCUGAAGAUCGGGCCGUAUGCUAACACAACACAGUACCGCUAUGAGUACGACGGGGACGGACAGCUUGUCGGGGUCAAAGUCAACGACUGGUCCACCUGGCGCUACAGCUACGACCUGAACGGCAACCUGCACCUGCUGAACCCUGGGAACAGCGCCCGCCUGCUGCCGCUGCGCUACGACCUGCGAGACCGCAUCACCCGCCUGGGCGACAUGCAGUACCGCGUGGACGAGGACGGCGUCCUGAGCCAGCGCGGCGCCGACGUGUUCGACUACAACUCCAACGGGCUGCUGGAGCAGGCGUACAGCCGCACGCCCAGGGGGUGGAGCGUCCGUUACCGCUACGAUGGUCUGGGCCGCCGCGUCUCCAGGAAGACCAACGAGGGAGAGCACCUGCAGUUCUUCUACGCUGACCUCAACUACCCCGGCAGGAUCACCCACGUUUACAACCACUCUGGAGGGGAGAUCACCUCCUUCUACUACGACCUGCAGGGCCAUCUGUUUGCCAUGGAGGUGAGCGGCGGGGAGGAUUACUAUGUCGCCUCGGACAACACGGGCACGCCGCUCGCCGUCUUCAGCAGCAACGGACAGAUGGUCAAGCAGCUCCAGUACACUGCCUACGGGGAGGUGUACCACGACUCCAACCCUGACUUCAACAUGGUGGUGGGCUUCCACGGGGGGCUCUACGACCCACUCACCAACCUGGUGCACUUUGCCCAGAGGGACUACGAUGUGGUGGCAGGCAGAUGGACUGCACCAGACCAUAAACUCCUACCUAAAAUCGGCAAGGAACCAGCCCCGUUCAAUCUGUACAUGUUUAAGAACAACAACCCACUCAGUGACAUGAUUGACAUCAAGAGCUAUGUGACAGGUAACGAUGAUUGCGUUUUGUUUUCCUGUUCUGAAAAAAAAAUAUCCAUCAAGUAAGCUAAUUAUGUUGUGACAUCUUGCCGUGUUUAAAUGAAUGUAAAUCUAUUUUGCAGACGUGAAGAGCUGGCUGGUGAUGUUUGGUUUCCAGCUCAGUAACAUCAUACCAGGUUUCCCCAGACACUCCAUGUAUUUUGUUGAUCCGCCUUAUGAACUACUGGCAAGCCAGGACUCUGAGACUGUUCCGGUGAGUUGUUUAUAAAACACAUAUUUGAGCUAAUGAUAACUAAGACUACACAGGCCAAUCUCAAUGUAAUUGAUGUUCAUCAUUUAAAUAAAACAAUCACUUGUCCGGCUGACCCUCUGCUGUUUCCAGCUGAUAACAGGGGUGCAGCAUGCAGCAGAACGCCACAACCAGGCCUUCAUGGCCCUGGAGGGGAGGUUGCUCAACAAGGAGCGCCGGGCCAAACGGGACAAGCCUGGCUACUGGUUCGGCACCAAGAUCCCCAUCGUGGGCCAGGGCAUGAUGCUGGCCAUCAAGGAGGGCCAUGUGGUGACUGGUGUAUCAGGCCUGGCCAGCGAGGACAGCCGCAAAGUGGCCCAGGUCCUGAACAACGCCGUCUAUCUGGAGGGAACCCACUACACCAUAGACGGGAAGGACUGCCACUUCUUUGUAAAGCUGGGCCUUGCUGACAGUGACCUGCUGUCUCUGGGGCUGAGCAGUGGGAGGAAAGCCCUGGAGAACGGCGUCAACGUGACUGUGAGUGGACGCUCUCGCCGGGGUGUCACCGUGGAGAUCCACACGGUGGCGUUGUCCCUGAGCGUACGUUAUGGCCUGGCGGCUGACGUGCUGGAGAAGGAGAGGGGUCGCCUGCUGGAGCAAGCCCACCAGAGGGCCCUGUCGGGGGCCUGGAUGAGAGAGCAGCAGCGCCUGAGAGAGAACAGAGAGGGAGGGAGGCUGUGGGCAGAGGGAGAGAGGCAGCAGCUCCUGGCAACAGGGAAGGUGCCAGGUUACGAUGGGUACUAUGUGCUGCCUGUGGAGCAGUACCCAGAACUGGCAGACAGCAGCAGCAACAUCCAGUUCCUGAGACAGAACGAGAUGGGCAGG